AAUGCAAUGUGAGGAGGAAAUAAUACUGCAGCAUCUCUAAACGAGCUAGAUGAUCUGAAUAUAAAGAAGAAGAGACAAAAAGGAGCUCCGGGAGUUUUCCAGAACACAGUUCAUGUUAGAUAUAUUGAUCCUGGAAGUGUUGUUCAGGUGUCAGGUGUGAACAGGUUUUUAGCGUUCGGCUGAUGCAACAACUUGGCAGACGGCGGCUCGGAGCAGCUCUGAAAGUUCCUCCUGCAAGAUGAACGGAGCUGCAGCCAAUCUGUUAGCGAGGGGGAGAGAAGUCGAAGGACGAUGUCACGGCGAACGUCCUCCUCGCUGCGUCUGUGUGAACCCGUCAAGGAGAAUAAUUCAACGAUGGAGUGGCUGAUCUGAUGGAUGUAAAUGGUCAACAGAGUCCUCCCCACUGGCCUCUUGAUGUUUCUCUUGGAAGGCAGCUGGCCAAUCAGAGCCGCGCUCGCCGAACGUGAGGAGCUGAUUGGCUGCAGCGAGGAGGUUGGACAUCCCUUGUCCUUUUAUAGACGCACCUCCGUGCAGCGCGUAAAAGGCUACUGCGCACCGCUGACAGCGCGUAAAGGAGACGCACAUUGGAUACUAUACAACCUCGGCGACUCCAUCUCCAUUCCUCUGUGCAUGGCCCACAUCAUCAUCCUCCUUGUGUCACCAUGAAUCCUGCGCAUCCUGCAGAGGGGUCGCCGUCCAGAGACGCCAAAAAACAGCUCCAUCAGAAAGAGGAGAUGGACACGGAGGAAGAGGAGCUGCAGCAGCCCAAAGACAUGAGCACCACCACGGAGACAGGAUACAAAGCAGUGCAGCGGAGCAGCCUCAAGUUUAGCGUCGAGUCGUUGAUUUCCAAGAAGAAACCCACCUCCACCUGUCGGACUUCUUCUUAUCCCACCACAGAUUUAGCUCUGCAGGGCGCGCAGUUCUCUCCAAGGACUCUUUACGCAGAGAGGGAGAGCAAUAAGGUGUCCUCCGCAGAGAGCUCGCAGGGUGUUUCUGUGUCUGUCUCCAGCAGCUCCAGCAGCGAGGACAGUGAGAAAGAUCAGAGCACUUGGUUCCAGACGUCCUCCUUCUCAACUCCACCUCGCAGCUCGAGUCCACCUGCGUGUACUUUACGGAAACACAAGAACAACAGGAAACCUCGCACGCCCUUCACUACCUCCCAGCUGCUGGCUCUGGAGCGCAAGUUCCGCCAGAAGCAGUACCUCUCCAUCGCAGAGAGAGCAGAGUUCUCCAACUCACUCAACCUGACGGAGACUCAGGUCAAGAUCUGGUUCCAGAACCGCAGAGCCAAAGCCAAGAGACUGCAGGAGGCCGAGCUGGAGAAGUACAAACUGGCCUCCAAACCCCUCCUGCCGGCCUUCGCGCUGCCGCUGCCUCUCGGAGCCCACAUGGGUUCACCAGCCUGGGGUCCAUCUAACGCCUUCCAUAGACCCAGUCUGCCGGUACCGGGACUCUUCGGCGGACCAGUCACUUAUGGGAUGUACUACUUGUCUUAGUGGCCCAUAACUGUGUGUGUAUAUGUGUGGGUUUUAAAGGUCCCAUAUUGUAAAAAGUGAGAUUUUCAGGUCGUUAACAUUUUAAAGCAGGUUUAAGUGCUAUAUAAAUACUGUUAAUCUAUCAAAA